UUCAAGCAGUCUGGGCUUCUGUAGAAGUUGAUGAGAUUGAGUUUUGAGAUAAGGGUCUCUGGAGCUGCUUUACUACUUUCCUAGGAGUGGAUAUUAGUGAGGUGGGAAGUAAGGUGUGGUUGACAGUUUUGAUUCUUGAAAUGAAAAAACAGCUCUGUUAGCAGUUGACCAUAAGGUAUGUCGAUGACCUUAGGUUUUAAUCUUAAAGUAGUACAACUAUUUUUCCCUGCUCCAUAGACUUUUGCCAUUAAUGUAAUUAAUUUAAGCCCUAGGUAGGGAAGAGGAUACUGCUGAGUUACCAAAGAAUAUACACAGGGACAACGGAGAGGAAAAAACAAGUGUUGUGUGAGGAGAACACUGUACAAAAAUACAUCAUUGAAGUAGGAGGAAUAAAACAGCCUGUUCUGCAAAUAGCUCUUCUGUUUUUCUUUAUGUGGCUUCACAGAUCUGUUUUUUGUUGACAUUGUCUUUCAUCAUCACCCUUCCAGGUGUCCCUCCUUCAAAUUCAGCCUCAGUCCUGCUCUUGGAUUAUUUCUACUGCCUCAUCCUGGCCUAAUGCUGGCUACAGUAAAUAUCAUUCAAGAUGUCCAGCAAAGGGAGCAGCACAGAUGGCAGAACAGACUUAGCUAAUGGAAGCCUGUCUAGCAGUCCAGAGGAGAUGUCUGGUGCUGAGGAGGGGAGGGAGACAUCCUCAGGCAUUGAAGUGGAGGCUUCAGACCUGAGCUUGAGCUUGACCGGGGACGAUGGUGGCCCCAACCGCACCAGCACAGAGAGUCGAGGCACAGAUACAGAGAGCUCAGGUGAAGACAAGGACUCUGACAGCAUGGAGGACACCGGCCAUUACUCGGUCAAUGACGAGAGCCAAGUCCAUGACCGCUCGGAGGAGGAAGAGGAGGAGGAGGAGGAGCAUCCUCGUCGUCGUGUGCAGCGCAAGCGGGCCAAUCGUGACCAGGACUCAUCAGACGAUGAGCGGGCCCUGGAAGACUGGGUGUCCUCAGAGACAUCAGCCCUGCCCCGACCUCGCUGGCAAGCCCUUCCUGCCCUUCGGGAGCGGGAGCUGGGCUCAAGUGCCCGCUUUGUGUAUGAGGCUUGUGGGGCAAGAGUCUUUGUGCAGCGUUUCCGCCUGCAGCAUGGGCUUGAAGGCCAUACUGGCUGUGUCAAUACUCUGCACUUUAACCAACGCGGCACCUGGCUGGCCAGUGGCAGCGAUGACCUGAAAGUGGUGGUUUGGGACUGGGUGCGGCGGCAGCCAGUAUUGGACUUUGAGAGCGGCCACAAGAGCAAUGUCUUCCAGGCCAAGUUCCUUCCUAACAGUGGUGAUUCCACCCUGGCCAUGUGUGCCCGUGAUGGACAGGUUCGGGUAGCAGAGCUGUCUGCUACACAGUGCUGCAAGAACACAAAGCGUGUGGCCCAGCACAAGGGAGCAUCCCACAAGCUAGCCCUGGAACCAGAUUCUCCCUGUACGUUCCUGUCUGCCGGUGAAGAUGCAGUUGUCUUCACCAUUGACCUCAGACAAGACCGACCAGCUUCGAAACUGGUGGUGACAAAAGAAAAGGAGAAGAAGGUGGGGCUGUAUACAAUCUAUGUGAAUCCUGCCAACACCCACCAGUUUGCAGUGGGUGGACGAGACCAGUUUGUAAGGAUUUAUGACCAGAGGAAGAUUGAUGAGAAUGAAAACAAUGGAGUACUCAAGAAAUUCUGCCCUCAUCACCUGGUGAACAGUGAGUCCAAAGCAAACAUCACCUGUCUUGUGUACAGCCACGACGGCACAGAGCUCCUGGCCAGUUACAAUGAUGAAGACAUUUACCUCUUCAACUCCUCUCACAGUGAUGGGGCCCAGUAUAUUAAGAGAUAUAAGGGCCACAGAAAUAAUGCCACAGUAAAAGGCGUCAAUUUCUAUGGCCCCAAGAGUGAGUUUGUGGUGAGCGGUAGUGACUGUGGGCACAUCUUCCUCUGGGAGAAAUCAUCCUGCCAGAUCAUUCAGUUCAUGGAGGGGGACAAGGGAGGCGUGGUAAACUGUCUUGAGCCCCACCCUCACCUGCCUGUGCUGGCAACCAGUGGCCUAGACCAUGAUGUCAAAAUCUGGGCACCCACAGCUGAAACUUCCACUGAACUUACAGGGUUAAAGGAUGUGAUUAAGAAGAACAAGCGGGAACGGGAUGAAGAUAGCUUGCACCACACUGACCUGUUUGAUAGCCACAUGCUCUGGUUCCUCAUGCACCACCUGAGACAGAGACGCCAUCACCGGCGCUGGCGAGAACCUGGGGUUGGGGCCACAGACGCCGACUCUGAUGAGUCUCCCAGCUCCUCAGACACAUCGGACGAGGAGGAGGGUCCUGACCGGGUGCAGUGCAUGCCAUCCUGAGGCCUCAUACCCAGGAGGGGUGGGCUGGGGCUGCCAACCCGAUCCUGCCUGGGCAGCCCUUUCCUGUGCCAGGCCCUAACAUUCAGCAGAAACGCACUUUGGACUUUUUUGCUUUAGAUUUAAAAAAAAAAAAGACAUCCCAGGAGGACAAGCCAGAGGGGAGUGAACCUACAGAGAGUGUCUAGGAGUGGGAGUUGAGCCCUGGAAUGGGGCUCCAUGGAGAGGUGCAUAGGACUCAGCAGAAAUGGCUUCUCCCCAAACCCUUUUUGGGGGGGAAGGGAGAGCCUAUUUUAUUAACUGGUUUGGGGUAGGGAAUGGGGUUUCCUUUUCUUUGGUCUCCCUUGUUUCUUGGGUGGCGGGUGGGGGGAUAACUGGCUGUUCAGUACCGAGGGGCCAGACUGGGGGUGGUAGAAAUGCCACACUCUCUUUGGUUUAGGUUUUUGACUUUAUUUUCUUUUAUUUUUUAAAAGUCUGUGACAGUUGCAUUGUUUUUUCUCCACCCGCCUGCCCCCCGCCCCCGAGCAACCCCAUCCCAGGAUCCUGUCUUUCUGGGAAGUCUUUUUAAUAAGAGUCCCUAACCAUCCUACACUCUUCACUUUCCUUUCCACCCCAUUCAUUCUCUGAACUUAUCACAGUGUUUUGCACUUGAUUAUGUAUCCUUCACUUUCUUCUUUAUCCCAUCAUCCCCUCAGUAGGUCUGGUGAGGGAGGUUGGGGGGAGGUGGGAGGAGGGGCAGAAGUGGAAGCAUAGGAAGGAUGUUACCUCUUCUCUUACUUUAAAAAAAAAGUUGUUUGGUGGCAGCAAUCUCCCUGUCCCUAUCACUGUUAGAGGCCUAAUUUUAUAUCUAUAAAUAUAUUAAAAAGCAACUCAAAAUUGGAUGUAUCCCGUUAAAAUUAUUGUCAAAGUUUAAAUACCUAUAUAUUCUCUAUGACUGCAAUAAAGGGACUUCCAGGAGAGAGUGAGUGAGAGUAAUGGUGUGGAGGGGUCACCUGGGGUCAGCCUACCCUCUGUGCAUGGCCAUUGGAGACUGGGGCUUAACUCUUUAGGUUUUUGGAGGCUCAGGAAUGGGAAGGAUCCUGAAUUCUGCCCUUCCAUGCUUUCCCACCAUGGUUUCAGGGUUGAGGAAAACCCCUUUCAGCUUUUUGCCCCAGAUAUCCUACCUCUCCUUAAGUCUUGUAAGGGUUCCUAGGAUGGCUCUUCUAGCCAGAGACUGGCUUAUCUUUAAAACUUGACUGAACUAUGACUUCAGGAAGGGUCCUGCCACUGCAGACCAUUUCUCCUAGUACCGUGUGUGAUAGAAGACACACUCACUCUGACCUUUAUCUGCUUGAUUCUUUAAGCUAUCCAGCUUCACACCAGCUCCCUUCCUAAUGGAAGACUAUAGGGAAAGACCUCCUGGGUUUGACUUUCUACCUUGUCCACCUUCCCAUAUCUUGGGAUUGACGGACAAGGCAUUAAUCUAAGGAGUGAUUAAGGUGGCUGGGGCUCAGACAUCUGUUGUGUCAGUGGUCAAUAAAUAGGAAAGUCCCAGUUGAAUUCUUGCCCUUAAAUGCUUUUGCUGCUAUUUGUUUGUUCCCAGCUAGGAAUUCUGCAUCCUGGGACAGUCAGAUUCCACUAGAACAGGCCAGGAAGGAAGGGAAGAGUGAAAGGAUGGAAUUCCCAGACACUCCUUCCUCCUGUCCCUUUUCCUAGCAGCUCUCAGACCAGAUGUUAGCUGCUGCACUUCCUUCCAGAGGUAGGGAAUGUGUGGUGGCUGUGAGUGGUCUGUGUUCUUAUUGCUGGUAGGGUGAUGGAGUGGGCUGAAACCAUGCACUCUGGAAUUUGUUGUGUAUUUUCUCUCAGUAAAGCUUUUUUUUGUUUUUCCUCA